AUGGUUCAACUAAAGCAAGUAUCGCUCCGCUUGAAAUCGGUAAAAAAUAUACAGAAAAUAACAAAAACUAUGAAGAUGGUGUCAGCAAGCAAGUUUGCAAAAGCAGAACGCGAACUGGCAUCAACUCGCCCUUUUGGUUACGGACCACAAAAAUUCUAUGAAUCUAGCCACUUGAUUGCUCCUCAAAAUAAAACAGAUGAAAAAUCAAAAGAAGUAACUCCAGAAGUAGUUGCUGAGAAAACUGAAGAAGUUAAAGAAGACAAGAAAGUUAAAAGACUAUACGUAGCCGUUACGUCAGAUAGAGGUCUUUGUGGUGGAGUACACACUGGCGUGUCGCGUCGCAUUCGACGCAACAUGACCGCUCGCAACGCUGACGCCACUGCACACAAGCUAGUAUGCAUAGGAGAUAAAUCGCGGGCCAUGCUCAGAAGAUUUUAUAGCGAGAACAUGCUUAUGAACGUGAAAGAUAUAGGACGUAUAGCCCCUGUGUUCAUGGAUGCGUCAACAAUAGCUGCAGCGAUCGUGCAGUCGGGCUACUUAUAUGAAAAAGGCGAAAUAUACUACAACAAGUACUUCAGCCCCAUCAAAUAUGAACUCACUAUUUUACCACUUUUCACCAAGGCCAAAGUUGAAGCCGCCCCAAACAUGACUGCAUUUGAUGACGUAGAAGACGACCAGCUCGAAAGCUACACAGAGUGGACAUUCGCCGCAUUACUCUUCUAUGCUCUAAAGGAAUCGGCUGCCUCAGAGCAGGCAGCUCGUAUGGCAGCCAUGGAUAAUGCCACCAAAAACGCAGAGGAUAUGAUCAGAAAAUUAACCCUAUUAUUCAACAGAACUCGCCAAGCCGUCAUCACACGAGAACUUAUUGAAAUCAUAUCUGGAGCUGCUUCUUUA